GAAUUCCAAGCCACAAUGUGCAACAUAUUGGCCUACAUAAAACACUGCAGAGGCCAGCACAAGGCAGCCCUGGGAUGCUUACAGCAGGCUGAAGAGUUCAUCCAGCGAGAGCACGCUGACCAGGCAGAGAUCAGAAGCCUGGUCACCUGGGGGAACUACGCCUGGGUCUACUACCACCUGGGAAGAUUCUCAGAAGCUCAGGUUUAUGUAGACGAGGUGCAACAAGUAUGCCGGAAGUAUUUCAGCCCCUACAGAACUGAGAGUCCUGAGAUGGAUUGUGAGGGAGGGUGGACACGGUUAAGGUGUGGAGGAAACCAAAAUGAAAGGGCCAAGGUGUGUUUUGAGAAGGCUCUGGAAAAGAAACCCAAGAACCCAGAAUUCUCCUCUGGACUGGCCAUCGCGAGCUACCAUCUGGAUAACUGGCCACCGUCUCAGAAUCCCGUUGACCCUUUGAGGCAAGCCAUUCAGCUGAAUCCUGACAACCAGUAUGUCAAAGUCCUCCUGGCCCUGAAACUUCAAAAGAUUAAUAAAGAAGGUGAAGGAGAGAGGUUAGUCAAAGAAGCUUUGGAGAAAGCCCCAUUGGCAACACAUGUGCUUCGUGGGGCAGCAAAGCUGUAUUGAAGAAAAGGUGACCUGGACCAAGCUAUAGAACUCCUGAGAAAGGCUCUAAAAUGCGUGCCAAACAACACCUACCUGCAUCGCCACAUUGGGUGCUACUAUAGGGCCAAAGUCCUUGAUACAGAAAUGGGUGGGAAAAGGGAGAAGUUACAGGAACUAAUAGGACACGCUCUAGGUCAUUUAAAGAGAGCUGAUGAGAGCGGUGGAAAUUUCUUCCACAUCUGCUUCUAUCUCGCCUGCCUCUCCUCACAAGCCGGUCGGUAUGAAGAAGCAGAGUAUUACUUUCAAAAAGAAUUCAGCAAAGAGCUUCCUCCUGUAGCCAAACAAGCGCUCCAUCUGCGAUAUGGCAACUUUCAGCUGUAUCAAACGAAGUGUGAAGACAAGGCCAUCCACCAUUUUACGACGGGUGUGAAAAUAAACCAGGAGUCAAAGGAGAGAGAAAAAAUGUAAAACAGACUGCAAAAAUUUGCCAAAAUCAAGCUCUCAAAAAACGGAGCAGAUCCUAAGGCUUUGCAUCUCUUGGCGUUUCUUCAGGAACUGAAUGGAGAAAUGCAGCCAGCAGAGAAAAACUCUGAGAGGGGUUUGGACUCUGGAAACCUCAUCCCUUUAGCAUCUUUAGCUGAGGAAUAAGGAAUCGGAAUGUGGUACCCAUAGGGCUACUGCUGGAAGGGAGCUGAAACCCUUCCGCCAAGUGGGUAUUCAAAAUAUUUAACAACUGGUGUGGCAUAGGCAUGGACUUAGACCCUGGCCACAGUACUGGAUCAGGGUUAAGGAGAAACUCUGCUAGGCAAGUGUUAACACUUGAAUUGCUCAGGGAGUUCUGGGAGGGGGACCAGACUGGGGGCAGGUCCUGGGGCUCAG